AUGAAGGUUCUGCUGUUCGGUCUUGUCCUUGGUCUGCUUGUUGCCAGUCAAGGUGAAGCUCAGAUAGACGCCUCACAGUUCACAGGAAGAUGGUUAACCCAUUACAUCGCAGCUGAAAACAUAGAGAAAAUCACCGAGGGUGGGCCAUUCCAUAUUUUCAUGCGUUACAUUGAGUUUGAUGAAGAAAAUGGCACGGUGCACUUCCACUUUUAUAUCAAGAAGAAUGGAGAAUGCAUAGAAAAAUAUGUCUCAGGCAUAAAGGAAGAAAACUUUUAUGCUAUUGACUAUGCGGGUCACAAUGAAUUUAGCCUCAUUAAUGGGGGCGAGAAUGCUCUCGUAACACACACUGUCAAUGUGGAUGGACAUGGCAAGGAGACAAAACUGGUGGGAUUAUUUGGUUCAGGAGAUAGUAUUGACUCAGAAAACAUAGAGAAGUUCAAGAAUGCAGUGAGAGAAAAAGGGAUUCCAGAAGAAAAUAUCCGGAAUAUCAUUGAUAAUGACGCGGGCCACACUGAAUUUCGGGUUGUUAGAUUGGAAAACAACACUCUCAUAGCCGAUGUUAUCAAUGUGGAUGGACAUGACAAGGAGACACAACUGGUGCAAUUGUUUGGCAUAGGAGAUGAAAUCGGACCGAAAUGCAAAGAAGAGUUCUACAACACGGUGAGAGAAAAAGGGAUUCCAGAAGAAAAUAUCCUGAACUUCAUUGAUCAUGAUGACUGUCCAGAGGAGUGA